AUGAAGUACUUCUCUACCCGCGGCGCAGACCAGCUCUUGUCCUUUGAAGAGACCGUCCUCACUGGUCUCGCUCCCGACGGCGGUCUCUACAUCCCGGAAUCCAUCCCCACUCUCCCCAAAGACUGGCAGACUGCUUGGAAGGACCACUCUUUUGUGGAUCUUUCUGUAGAAGUACUCUCCCUAUACAUCUCCCCGGACGAAAUCUCAACAGCCGAGCUCCGCGCUCUGGUCGAGAAGUCGUACAGCACCUUCCGCCAUCCCGACGUCACUCCCUUGAAAAAGCUCACCGACACCACCUAUGUCUUGGAGCUCUUCCACGGCCCUACAUUCGCGUUCAAAGACGUCGCCCUUCAGCUUCUGGGGAAUCUCUUCGAGUUCUUCCUCAAGCGACGCAAUGCGCGCAAGGCUCCCACAGAAGAGCCGGAAAAUUUGACGGUUGUCGGUGCAACCAGCGGAGAUACGGGCAGCGCCGCCAUUUACGGUCUCCGCGGCAAAGACAACGUGUCUAUCUUCAUUCUUUUCCCGACCGGACGUGUCUCGGAGAUUCAAGAAGCGCAGAUGACGACAGUACUUGACCCCAACGUGCACUGUCUCACCGUCGGAGGCACGUUUGACGACUGUCAGGACAUCGUCAAGUCCCUCUUCGCCGACCGCGCUUUCAACGCGGAGUACCGGCUCGGGGCGGUCAACUCCAUUAACUGGGCGCGGAUCCUCGCUCAGACCGUCUACUACUUCCUUUCCUACUUCCACCUUCGCCGCCAGCUUCCUGCCGACGCAGACAUCGAGAUCCAGUUCGUCGUUCCCACCGGAAACUUCGGGGACGUUCUCGCGGGCUACUACGCGAAGCGCAUGGGUCUUCCCAUCGGUCGCCUGGGCGUCGCGACGAACGCCAACGACAUCCUGGCGCGCUUCUGGCGCAGCGGCGCGUACGAAAAGGUCGACUCGUCACCCGCGGCCUCGGGGACCGCGGCUCCGCAGCCAACCGCCCCCGCGGCCGGUGCGUCGGAUGGAAGACAGGCUACUGCCAAUGGCGGGGUUCGAGAGACGCUCAGCCCCGCGAUGGACAUCCUCGUGUCGAGCAACUUCGAGAGGUUGCUGUGGUAUCUCGCAUACGAGACGAGCGGGCAGGACACGAUUGCGGCUAGCAAGACGAUUGCGGAGUGGAUGGCGAAGGUCAAGCAUGAUGGGCGGGUGGAGGUUCCGGUCAUGGCGCUGGAGCUUGCACGGAAGGAUUUUUUCGCGGAGCGUGUUUCGGACGAGCAGACGCUGGAGAUGAUCAAGUACUACUUUGAGUCCGACGCGCACUACGUCGCCGAUCCUCACACGGCCGUUGGCCUGCAUGCCGCGCGCGUCGUCGCAACGCAAAAUUCUCCUGCUGUCAGGCAAAUUGUACUCUCCACCGCGCACCCGGCGAAAUUCUCCGACGCCGUCACACGCGCACUCUCUGGCUCGCAAUCAUUCGACUUUGAGCGCGACGUCUUGCCACCAGAGUUGAAGGGUCUGACCGACCGCGAACGUAGGGCCAUCACCAUCCCCCGCGCGGAGGUUGACCUCGUAAAGAAGGCAAUCGAGAAGACCGUACGUGCGGGGAAGCCGGUGGGGUCGAGUGUAUGA